AUGGCGCAUUUCUCACCCUCGCUCCAACGCUCCACGUUAGUGGCUGUGUGGCUGCUUCCCAUCACGACCUGCCAUCUCAUCUUCUGGAAAUUUCCCAUCCUCUUCUUUUCGGCCCGCAAAGGCAUUAUCAGUGACCAUGUCCGAUCCAACGCCGCUGGACACAACUGCACCUCCGGGGUCGUCAGAUCUCCCCCCAAUAGCGCCGGGCGCUCCUCUGGCUCGGCGGCCGACCAGCCCCCAUCACAGGCACAGUCACAGUCACAGCCUGUGGCUGCGAUCUCCGAUGAGCUCAAGGCUCGUCUGGACAAAGUCAUCUACUCAGAGAUCGGAGUCACCACCCUUCUUGCUCGGCUGAAGCAAAGCGUUGCCUCCGCCAAGGAUUUCUCUUCUUUCCUGAAGAAACGAGGGGCUCUGGAAGAGGAGCAUGCUCAGGGGCUUCGCAAGCUGUCGCGCGCGAUCAGUGAUGCUGCGCAACGAACGGAGAACCGACAGGGUACUUACAGUGCCAGUUAUCGAGAUAUUCAUCGCUUGCAGGAACGAAUGGCCGAUCAUGGGCUGCAAUUCUCCGUAUCCCUGCAGCAGAUGGCCGAUGACCUGCACGAGUUGUCCAACAACAUUGAACGGGGCCGGAAACAAUGGAAGCAAACCGGACUGGCGGCCGAAAAGAAGGUGAUAGAUGCUGAGACUCAGGCCGAAAAGGCCAAGGCGAAGUAUGAUUCGCUGGCUGAACAGUAUGAUCGGGUUCGCACGGGUGACAAGACCGGUGGGAAAUUCGGCUUGAAGGGUCACAAAUCAGCAGCGCAGUAUGAAGAGGACCUCUUGCGCAAAGUUCAAAAUGCGGAUAGCGAUUAUUCCGCGAAAGUGCAGGCGGCUCAGAUUGCACGACAAGAACUGCUGUCCACUCACAGACCACAGACUGUGCAUAACCUGCAACAGCUAAUUGCAGAGUGUGACUCAGGCUUGACGUUGCAACAACAAAAGUUUGCUGCUUCUGGGCCAGGGUCUAUGCGUUUAUCCCAUGAACUCGGGCAAUGGAUCUGUCCCCCCAAGAGUCUGGCCGAGGUGGUGCGUCAAGUAGAUAACCAGAAAGAUUUCCAUGAAUUUGUGCUCAGCCACGAGGGGCAUCCGGGUGCAAUCACCGGACCUGAGGUGAAAUAUGAACGCCAUCCUACUCUGGGCGGCGGCCCACCGGCCGCGGCGUCGGCCGCCGGUCAACCACCCCAGACGAGUACUCAAGCAAAGCGUCAAUCGACGUUGCCUCAGAACUUCUCACAGCAAAAUCUUCCACUCGCACCUUCACAGCCUCAUCCAGCUGCCAGUACCGGAAGCUUCCAGCCACUGCCUUAUCCGACCCAAUCCGAGCCAGUGACAGCGCCAUCCGUUCAACCACCUUAUCCUGUUUCAGCUCCUCUUGCCCACGAAGCAACCUCAACGCCAUCUGCACCAGCUCCAGUACCAGUGUUAGCAGCAGCGACAGGACCUGCAGCCGCAACACCACCAGACAUGGGUCAGCGGCACUCACGCGGGCAGGGAGCGCCAAACCUGCCUGCCCUCAAUCCAGUGUUUGGCGUUCCAUUGAAUGACCUGUAUGAGCGGGACAAGACGGCGGUGCCUCUCAUUGUCUACCAAUGUUUCCAGGCGGUGGAGCUUUUUGGCCUCGAGACCGAGGGCAUUUAUCGACUCUCUGGCAGCGCAAAUCACAUCAACCACUUGAAGGCGCUGUUCGACAACGACGCCUCUUCGGUUGACUUCACCAGCCCUGAGCACUUUUUCCACGAUGUCAACAGUGUGGCGGGUCUGGUGAAGCAAUUUUUCCGCGAGCUGCCCGAUCCUCUCUUCACUUCAGAGUAUUACUCUGACUUCAUCGAUGCCGCUAGAAUCGAUGACGACACUCAACGGCGUGACCAGUGCCACGCGCUCAUCAACAACCUCCCAGACGCUCACUAUGCGACUUUGAGGGCUGUGAUCCUGCACUUGAACAAGGUGCAGGAGCACUACACCUCGAACCGCAUGAACGCGGGAAAUUUGGCCAUCUGCUUCGGGCCAACGUUGAUGGGUGCCAACUCUGGCGGCAACAUUGCCGAUGCUGGCUGGCAGGUUCGAGUGAUCGAGACGAUCCUCAACAACACCUUCCAGAUCUUCGAUGACGACUAG